GUGACCAAUAAGUCCCGUGGCCCCUUGCUCCGCCCAGGGUGAAUCUGAGCUUUAAGAACUGUAACUUCAGAUGAAGAAACUUGAGCCCGGGGAGAGGGAGUGACCACCCCAGUCACCUGGUGUGGAGCUGGGACCCCCGUGUGGGUGGGCAGCGCACGGCCCCUCCCUCUUCGACUUGGUUUGGAGUUGGAGUCCCUUGCAAGUUGCAGACCUCCAAUGGCUGACCAGAGAAUGGACAUUUCUUCGACAAUCAGUGACUUCAUGUCCCCAGGCCCCACCGACCUCCUCUCCAGCCCCCUCGGCACCAGUGGCAUGGAUUGCAACCGGAAGCGGAAAGGCAGCUCCACCAACUACCAAGAAAGCAUGGACACAGACAAAGACGACCCUCAUGGAAGGUUAGACUACACAGAGCACCAAGGAAGGAUCAAAAAUGCAAGGGAAGCUCACAGUCAGAUUGAGAAGAGGCGUCGGGAUAAAAUGAACAGUUCCAUUGACGAGUUGGCUUCCCUGGCGCCCACGUGCAACGCCAUGUCCAGGAAGUUAGAUGAGCUUACCGCGCUGAGGAUGGCCGCUCAGCACAUGAAGACGUUACGAGGUGCCACCAAUCCAUACACAGAAGCAAAUUAUAAGCCGACUUUCCUGUCAGAUGAUGAAUUGAAACACCUCAUUCUCAGGGCAGCAGAUGGAUUUUUGUUUGUCGUAGGAUGUGACCGAGGGAAGAUACUCUUCGUCUCAGAGUCUGUCUUCAAGAUCCUCAACUACAGCCAGAACGAUCUGAUUGGUCAGAGUCUGUUUGACUACCUGCACCCUAAAGAUAUCGCCAAAGUGAAGGAGCAGCUCUCCUCCUCGGACACGGCGCCCCGGGAGCGGCUCAUAGAUGCAAAAACUGGACUUCCAGUUAAAACAGAUAAAACCCCUGGGCCAUCUCGAUUAUGUUCUGGAGCACGACGUUCUUUCUUCUGUAGGAUGAAGUGUAACAGGCCUUCAGUAAAGGUGGAAGACAAGGACUUCCCCUCUACCUGUUCAAAGAAAAAAGUCCGCUCAGGUGCAAAGUCCUGCCACCAUGAACCCCCUACAGAAGUUAUCCGACUGCGCUUAUCCACCUCCCCGUUGACCGAUCACUCAGACCCGGGCUACCCUCCGCUCUCACCACGGCCGGUGGAGUAG